AUGUCUAGAAAUAGAUUCCAGGCUAUUAUUCAGUUUUUGCAUUGCAACAACAAUGAGACAGCAGUGCCACAUGACCAACCAGGCUACGACCCACUCCACAAGAUCAGUCCUGUCAUAGACAUUUUAAAUCAGACAUUUGCAGAAAACUACAGACUUAACCAGGAUGUUUGUGUAGAUGAGAGCUCGAGAGUUGUGGGAUUUAAAGGCCGACAUCAGCUAAAGCAAUAUUUGUCCAACAAAAAGGCUCAUAAAUGGGGGAUUAAAUUGUGGGUUUUAGCGGAAUCCUACACUGGCUACACCCACCAGAUUAAAGUAUAUAAGGGUAGACGAAACGAAGCAAGAAGUGAAAAUGGGGGUACCAAGUAG